AUGACUCUCAGUGAGACAAAACUUUCACGUGACAAUGUCGAUGAGGCGAAGGAUGAUGCCGGACGUCUUCAGCAAUACAAAAAUCUUACCAAGCAUGAGGAACUUCGCCGUCGUCGUACUGAAUGCAGUGUAGAGAUUCGUAAGCAAAAAGGAGCGGACAUGAUGAUGAAGCGUCGUAAUAUCGUGGAUGAUGUUGAAGAGGAAAUUGCGUCAGAAUCAGAAGUUGAUGAGCCAAAGAAACAACCAACUGUUCGAUUGUCGAAUGAUGAAAUCAAAAGUAUUCUUUCGAAUAAUCCAUCUGAAAAUGAUAUGAUUCGUUGCUUCGAAUCAUUGAGAAAGUCCCUGUCAAAGACCAAGAAUCCACCAAUUGAUGAAGUUAUUCAAUCUGGUCUCCUGAUUGCUCUUGUUCAGGCUCUCACUGUUCAGUGUGAACGAGUCCAGUACGAAGCUGCAUGGGCUCUAACCAACAUUGUCUCUGGAACUACUGAGCAAACGAUUGCAGCAGUUGAAGCAGGGGCAACUGCUCCAUUAAUCCAAUUAGCGGUUCAUUCGAGUUCACAAAUCUCGGAACAAGCACUGUGGGCAGUUGCCAACAUUGCCGGAGAUUCGGCCCAACUUCGCGAUUAUGUCAUUAAAUGCCACGGAGUUGAAGCAUUGAUGAUGUUGAUGACUAGAUUAGAUGAUUUGACCGAUUCACAUGUCAGAACUAUUGCCUGGGCAUUUUCUAAUAUGUGCCGACACAAGAAUCCGCAUGCUCCAUUGGAGGUUCUUCGUGUUCUUGCUCAAGGUCUUGUCAAACUUGUUCAGCAUCCUGAUCGUCAAGUUCGUCAAGAUGCUUGCUGGGCUGUUUCAUAUUUGACCGAUGGACCAGAUGAACAGAUUGAGUUGGCUCGGGAAAGUGGCGUCCUCCCACAUGUUCUCAAAUUCUUCAAAGAAGCGGAGAAUCUGGUCGCACCAGCCCUCCGAACACUUGGAAACGUUGCAACUGGCAAUGAUUCAUUGACCCAAUCGGUGAUUGAUUUGGGAUGUCUUGAGCAGUUGGUUCCAUUGAUGGAAAAGACAAAAUCAUCUAGCAUUAUGAAGGAAUGUUGUUGGCUUAUCUCAAACAUUAUCGCUGGAACUCAAAAACAAAUUCAAGCAGUCUUGGAGGCUAAUCUUCUUCCACUUAUCAUCAAUAUUUUGAAGUCUGGAGAUCAUAAAUGUCAAUUUGAAGCAUCCUGGGCUCUUUCCAACUUGGCCCAAGGAGGAAACGCUCGUCAAAUUGUUGCCAUGAUGGAAGAAAAUGUUGUACCUGCAUUGUGUCAAGCACUUAAUCAUACAAAUACUGACAUGCUCAAUAACACAUUGGAGACACUCUACACUCUGAUGCUCACUGUUCAGAACAACUUCAACUACAAAAUGGAUAUUCUUCAUGAUCAAGUAGAGGAAAACGGCGGAUUAGAUGCCUUGGAACGUCUUCAGGAGUCUCAGUCGGAACAGAUCUAUUCUCAAGCCUAUCGCAUUAUAACUCAAUUCUUCUCCGAUGACGAUGGUGCAGAUGUUGAAAAUACCCCUAAAGAACAACCCGCGUCCGCAGCCUGGAACUUCUAA